UGACAAUACAACAGUUCUGUCAUGUUGUGUCUCGAGGCCAUAUUCUCGCGUGGAUAAAUGAGAGCUUUAUCUGUCUUUUAUAAUGGAAAGAUUAUUGGCACACGGUCUCCAACACUGUUCAUAAUGGAUUAUCAUGCAAUCCAUAUUAACAGCAUAACGUUGACGAAAGACCUUUGGUGAGACAAUUUCAGCAUAGCUUAACCAUUGAGCUUUCUACAGCGUAUCGAAGGAUCUGAGCUUUACAUAGAGCUGGGAAUAUGUCCAGUACGAAAUAUGUCCAGUUCUGCGCAUGCCUGACCAGUUCUUUGCUGAUAAUUUCUAUGGAAUUUUACAUGAAAGAUCAAACGAAGACCUACCAAACUACUCCCAUGCCUUUACCAUUAGUCAUUCCGUCCCCUGUCAAAGAACCGAAUAAAACCUUGUGUCCUAAAGGUCGACCAAAACCUAUUAUUGAUGACGUUCUUUGCAUGUCACAUUUUGAUUUUUCAACCUUGCAUAAAAAUCCAUGCUGGAAGUCUGUAAAUGGAAAAUUUAAAUGCCUUCCGUAUUUUCAAGUGAUUGGAAUGGAUAAAUGUGGCACAACAGACCUUUUCGCACGCAUUUCGCGACACCCGGAUGUUGUGGGAAAUAAGAAAGACAAGGAAACCAUGUGGUGGUCAUGGGAACGCUAUGGUUUUUGGUUGUGGUCAAGGAACGCGAAGAAGACCUAUCUAUCAGACUACAUCAAUUACUUUAAGAAUACAGCUGAGAUUUUAAAUAAUGCCACGCAGGAAGGUGGACAGACACAGCUAAUUACAGGGGAUGGCACUCCUAUGGAUAUGUGGGAUUUUAGGGGAUGGAAGAUGAUACCACAAAACAAAGGGCUUAAGGAACCCCGAUAUCUUACCCCUCAUCUCAUCAAACACAUCAACCCUGUUGUCAAACUCAUUGUAAUACUUCGAAAUCCGGUGGACAGACUGUAUUCAGACUACUAUUUUAUUGACAAUGGGGAACGUUUCAAGAAUAGCACCACUUUCCACAACGCUGUGAUAAGAGCAAUAAAUGUGCUUCAGAUCUGUCUAAAGCACAGCAGUCUUCGGAGUUGUCUCUUCGAUUAUAAAGUUAACGAAAAUCUCUUGAGGCGAAAAACGAGAAUACAUUUAGGAUUUUACGCCACAUAUCUACAAGAAUGGCUUUCUGUGUUUCCACGUGACCAGAUCUUAAUUUUGCGUACGGAGGAUUAUGCAGCUAAUGUUACUUCUGUCAUGAGGAAAGUUUUUAAAUUUCUGGCGUUACGCGAUUUAACAGAUGAUGAGCUAGAGAAAUUUAAUGUUACCAUAUCACAAAGAGUAUAUGUUACAAAAGACAAGCUAGGAAAAAAAACCAUGAUGCCGGAAACGAGAAGAAUUUUGGAAUCUCUAUAUAGCUCCGAUACAGAAGAUUUAUACCAAUUAUUAAAGGACGAAAGCUUUCUGUGGGAAUCAAACAGCGGUGUCACUGAAACUGUUAAGGAAAACUAUACACAACUUUCUCAUUUUAACACGAUGCCACCCCGUGGCGUGAACUUAGAUGAGCUACAAGUAGUACAUGUAACCAACAAUUUACAACGUCUCAGAAGUGGUCUCAGCUGAUCCCAUGGAAAUGGAAGGAUAAUUUUCCUUUAAACUACUAGUAUUUCAUAUUUAAAAAAGGAUCGCGUUACAACACGAGUUUUCCUAUGUUUCUUUGGGAAUUCUGUACUUUUAUCAAUUGGAUGAUUUAAAUGAUAAUUUCACAAAACGUUUCUAAAUCCCCUGAAACAUUUUUUGUUUCGCCAACCUGUACUAAUAUUUUAAUAGUAAAAUAGAAAUCAGUAAAGAAUGGAAUUUCUGCUAGUAAAAACAUUUUUCAGUAUUAAAUUCAGUAAAGAAAUUAAAUACAUGGGAUUUUCCUCCCCUUACAAUAUUGAAGUGUCGUAUAGUGAAAUAAGGAUACUGGGAGUGGAUCGAAGGUCUUGAAAAAAAAAGAAAAGAAUUCUAUAUACGUUUAGGGGUGAUACUGGAAAAAAUGUCUCUUAAUGGAAAAAUGAAGAUAACAAACAGUGAUAAAUCCCAUAAAAAAUACAAAAUUAAGAGUUGGGGAAGCAAAGAUCCAUGAACACAGCAGAGGUGGGAUCAGGUGCCUAGGAGGAUUAAGCUUCCCCUGUUGACCAGUCAUCUCUAUCUUGAUCGUGUAAACGGAGUAAUCGAUAGUCAAAAUCGGUAUGUAAAUAACGCGGCCUAACAAUUGAUAUGAAACACAUCCAACAACAUUCGACCUAGUAAUUCAUUGUAUUUGCAAAUUGGGUCAUUAUACAUGUAACGACCAUAUAAUUUGCGAAAUGCUGACUUUAAACGAGACUGUUGAAACCCCUGUAGCAUCACCUUGUAUAUCAGUAGUAUGGCUCGAUUCAAAAUUUCUUCAUACGCAGAGCAUGCUUUGGCGUUGCAGCAUUUGAGAGACAUAACACCAAAUACACGUGAUAAUGGAAUAUUACUAGUUUCCUACACAAAUAUAGGAAGUUGACGAUGGAAAAGCUGAAGGCAUCCCGUUUGUCAUGAAGUUUUGUUGUUAAUUUGUCUUUGAUAUCUAUGUUCAAUAAAAUAUCCAAAUAUGAAGCAGAUA